AUGAAUAUAAUAGAUUAAUUUUAAAAUAUAUGGAAACAAUUUUGCAAGCCAAUAAGAUAAAAUUACUCCCUUUUUGAUUUAGGACCUCCAAUAUUCUAAAAUGACUUUUGUCAAUAUAAAAGAACUGAUUUUUAAUUAUAAAACAAAAAAAAUCAAGAAAUAGUAUGUUCUAUUUACGAAAACCCGACUAUAUAAUCAAAAUAUUGCAUUUUAUAUUUGCAUUCAUUAAAUGGAUCACGUAUUGAAAGCAAACAUAUAGUACAAUAUGCAAUUUAAAAUGGUUUUUCAUUUGUUUCAUUUGAUUUUCCAGGAUGUGGACUUUCAUAAGGAGAUUAUGUUACUUUAGGUUAUUCUGAGUAAAAUGAUGUUGAAAUAAUAAUAAAUUAUAUAAAAGAGGUAAAAAAAAUACCUUAUAUAUCACUAUGGGGACGUUCAAUGGGUGCUGUUACAGCUUUAUUAUAUAGUUAAAAAUUUCCUUAAAAUAUUAAUUGUAUGGCUGUUGAUAGUCCGUUUUUGAACAUUAAAAGUGCAGGAAUUAAUAUUAUUAAAUAAAAGAUUGAUUUACCUGAGUUUUUAUUAGGGAGAGUUAUGGAGUUUGUAAGAGGAUAAAUUAAAAAUAAUUUAGAUUUUGAUAUAGAAGAUGUAGAUUGCGAGAAGAAUUUAAAUAAUAGUAGCGUUCCGGCUAUAUUUAUUGUUUCAAAAGAAGAUAAACUUAUUUCUUGUGAAAAUUUAAAUAAUAGAUUGAAUUUGACUAUUAAUAUUAAGAACUUUAACCAAAAAAAUAACUUAUUUUUUCAAAAAAUAUAAUUAAAGAUAAUAUAAAAAAUAACUAAUUUAAUAAUAAUUAGAAAAUAUAUUAAGAAAAUGAUGAGAAAAAUAAUAAAUAAAAUAUAAUAUAAAAUAAUUAUAAAUAAAUAAUUAAUGAUUAUAAUUUAAAUAAAAAUGAUUAUAAUAGCUAAUAAUAUAAUAACUAAGAUAUUCGUGCUAAUACUUAUUAAAAUAAUAAUAAUAAUAAUAAUAAUAAUAAAAAUAAUAAUAAAAAUAAUAAUAAUUAUAAUUUUUUUUAAAAUAUUUAAAAAAAAAAUGAUUAUAAUUAUAACUAGAAUUAAUUAAAUUAUUAAAAUUCUCUAAAUAAUCAUUGCACUAAUAUUCAUUAAAAUUCUUAAACUAGUUUAAGUGGUUUAAAUAAUUAAAAUUCAUAGUUUAAUUAAAACC